UAUUGGAAUGAGGUCGUGAACGACUAGGCGGAAAAAGACACUGCAUCUAAAAUCGACUUGAAAAACUCCUCACUGGAGCUGUUGGAUUGUCUUCCGGGGACUUCAGACAUGAGCCUUGAGGCACUAGAGUCUGACUCUGGUCAGGAUGAGUUUAAUUGGGAUGACUACUUGGAGGAAAACGGGGCACUUUCUGUUCCUCAUCAUGCAUUCAAACACGUGGAUCAAGGUCUUCAGACCGGUCUGGCUCCUGGUAUGAAGCUGGAGGUGUGUGUGCGUACGGAAUUGGAAACCGCCUACUGGGUGGCCACAAUAAUUACCACCUGUGGACAGUUGCUGUUGCUACGAUAUGAGGGUUACCAAGAUGACCGACGUGCUGACUUUUGGUGUGAUAUCAUGACCGCUGACCUGCAUCCGAUUGGAUGGAGCAAACAACAGGGACAACCAAUGAGACCUCCUGAGGGUGUGCGUGAGAAGUGCCAGGACUGGGAGGCCCUGCUGGAGAAAGUGCUGACUGAGUCCUGUAGUGUACCUGCUAAUCUACUGGAAGGGGCUCAGCGUGGCUGUAACCCUAUAGAUCUGUUAAGUCCUGGUCUAAAUGUCGAACUAGUGGACCGUCAAGAUGCUGGAGUGGUCUGGUCGGCAGUCAUUGAAGAUAAUGUAGGCGGGCGCUUACGUGUUCGUUAUGCUGGCACAGAGGUGCUCCCAGACAACCAUUCCAUCACAUGGGUCUUCUACCUGGACCACCUGCUUCAUCUGCCUGGCUGGGCACAGGAGCAUGGCUGCACCUUUAGACCACCAGCAGCCCUGCUCCCUCUGCGCACUGAAACUGAAUGGGAGGAGGUGAAGAAAACCAUCUCCUGUCAGGACCAGGACUCCAGCAUCAGUGAUGAUUUUUACAGGGACAGAUCAGCCAUCACACCCCACUGCUUUACUGAAGGGAUGAAACUGGAAGCUGUAGACCCAGCAGCUCCAUUUACCAUCAGCCCGGCCACCGUGGCAAAGGUGUUUAAUGAUCAGUUCUUUCUGGUGUGGAUGGACGAUAUGAGAGAGGAGGCACAGAGAGAGAAGGGUGGGCGGUCAUUCCUCUGUCACAGGGACAGUCCAGGAAUCUUCCCAACACAGUGGAGUCUGAAAAAUGGAGUGAAACUCAGCCCACCUCUAGGGUUUCAAGGUCAGGACUUUGACUGGGCCGACUAUCUAAAGCAAUGUGAGGCUGAGGCAGCUCCUCAGCACUGCUUUCCUCCAGACCCAUCUGAUCAAUGCAUUAAAGAGUCCAUGAUGCUGGAGGCCGUUAACCCUCUCUGCCCUGAAAACAUUCAUGUAGCAACCGUUACCAAAGUCAAGGGCCAACAUAUGUGGAUUCGUUUAGAAGGUCUGAAGCAACCUGUUCCAGAGAUCAUAGUUCACACAGACUCCAUGGGAGUUUUUCCAGUGAGCUGGUGUGAGACAAAUGGCUACCCUCUUCUGUACCCCUGCAAGCCCAAAAUUGAGAAACAGAGAAAAGUGGCGGUCGUUCAGCCAGAGAAGCACCGGAUUCCAUCCAAAGACUCCUCACCUGAUCCUACCAAACCGAUCCACAACAAUCAGGCUGAGAUAGUGGGCCAGGCAAAUGGGAAAUACUGCUGCCCUAAGAUCUAUUUUAACCAUCGGUGCUUCUCAGGGCCCUAUCUCAAUAAAGGCCGUAUUGCAGAGCUACCCCAGUGUGUGGGCCCUGGAAACUGUGUCCUGGUACUAAAGGAGGUCCUGACACUCCUGAUUAAUUCUGCCUACAAGCCCAGCCGAGUACUGCGAGAGCUACAGCUGGACCAGGAAGGCCGCUGGCACGGUCACGGAGAGACGCUUAAAGCUAAGUACAAAGGGAAAAGUUACAGGGCAACAGUAGAGAUAGUUCGCACAGCGGACCAAGUGGCAGACUUCUGUCGGAAGACCUGUAUUAAGCUGGAAUGCUGUCCCAAUCUGUUCGGUCCACGAAUGGUUCUGGAUCGCUGCUCGGAGAACUGCUCUGUGCUCACCAAAACCAAAUACACAUAUUACUAUGGGAAGAAGAAGAGCAAGCGUGUGGGUCGACCUCCCGGCGGACACUCCAACUUAGAGGGGGGUGUAAAGAGACGAGGCAGGAGGAGGAAGAGGAGGAAGCAGCUCUUCGUCCACAAGAAGAGACGUUCUUCGGCCUCAGUCGACAACACUCCGGCAGGCUCCCCACAGGGCAGUGGUGAUGAGGAAGAUCUGGAUGAGGAUGACUCUCUGAGUGAGGACACAGGUUCUGAGCUGCAGGACGAGCUGAUGGAAGACUCCGAAUACUCUGAGAAGAAGUCACAGCCCCCUUCCCCCUCUCCUCCUGAAACCCCCCGUCCCACUCGCAGACGGCGCAAAGUUCGCUCGUCUUUCUGCUCAGAGGAUGAGAACAGGCCACCUUCACCCAAGAGUCCACGUAUUGAAGCUCCUCAGAAGCUUUGCUUGGACAGCAGUCCACUAGAAUGGAGUGUCACUGAUGUAGUGCACUUCAUCAGGACCACCGAUUGUGCUCCUCUAGCACGCAUCUUCAUGGAUCAGGAAAUUGACGGUCAGGCCCUGCUUCUAUUGAAUCUUCCCACUGUACAGGAGUGUAUGGACCUGAAGCUCGGGCCUGCCAUCAAACUGUGCCAUCACAUUGAGAGGGUCAAGCUGGCAUUUUACCAACAAUUUGCCAGCUGAGGGUGACAUUAGAGCGUAGUUAGAGCUAUGACAUUUUGUUUGUGAUCUUCCUUUUCCUCUAUGGGCAACAGAACCUUUAAACUCCCAUGCGCUUUAGAGGCCUCACUUACCAUUAGUUCUUCUACACAGCAGACACGGUCGAGAUUAACUACUGGAGGGGCAUUUUUCAACAGGGUGAAUCUGGUUUGUUUCCAGCUGGACUUUCCAUCUCAAAUUAAGUCUAGUUCUGGACUACUGUUUAGUUUAAUUUUGUGAUCCUUAAGGGAUUAGUUCAGUUCGGCGUUAUGUUAAACCUGGGUUAAAUGAACUGGUCCAUUCAGUCUUGGCAAGAAUAAGCAAAGCUCUUUACUUGCUUUUGAAACCAUUAUUAAGUGUAAAGCGGAUGACAAUGCAGUGACCUUAAGCACAAAAAACAACACAAAUUGCCCAUAUACUAAACAGUAAAAUGUAUUGGUAUGCAAAAGUGUACAUACAGGAGUGUGAAUGUAAAUACUGUAAAUAACCAGAUGUUAAUUUUAGUGGGACUGCUUUCAUGCUCCCAUUUCGGUUUGGUUUUCUAUAAUAGCUUGUGAAUACACCAUUCAAAAGAUUUUUCAGGCAUGAUAUGGCUGAUGCUGCCAUUGUAAAUACUAACAAACACUUGCUAAUCCUAUUGAAGCAUUGCUAAUUAAAAGUGCAAAGUAAUAAAAAAAAAUAAUGAGGUGUUAUGGUUAAGACGUAAGCACACAAUUUUUCAGGUUAUGUCACUAACUGUGAUAAGGAUAAUAUAGUGGCAAAUCCAGGGUCUAUCAACAACACCAAAUAUAAAGAGUCUUGGUACUCUUACAAAUGCGUCUGCUCGUAAAAGUAAUAUUUUUAAUAUCACGUAGAAUACAACAUUUGUUUAAAUGCAUAUACUGCAUUAAAUAAUUGCAGGGGCCUCUAUUUGAUUAGUAUCUGAUAUGGCCUUGCAUUUCAAAGCUAUGGCCGUUAACUUUCAGAUGGAAUCAUCUGAUUCGUCAUUUAUGGACUGUAUUUGAAUUGAUUAUGAAAUAUGCAACAGCCUCCCUUUUCUUGAUUAAACAUCCAUUUCCCUUGCUCCUCAUCCUUGUGCUGGAAUGGUGAAAGAUGAUCUCAUCUUGCCAUAUUCUGUUUAUUUACUUUUCUUUGUUUAUUUGAUUCAAGUUUGUUGAAUGAAUAUUGCUUUACUUUGAAUUAUAUGUUGG